AUGGGACCUGCGUGCGCCGGUGUCCUGGGCUGGCUUCUGCUGGUGCAGGCAGCGUUGCGGGCAGCAGGCGGCCGUCCCUGCGAUGCUAAGGACUUCGGUCACGGCUCGCUGGUGUGCGCCUGCAGCGCAACGUACUGCGACACGCUGGACCCCGUGGUCCUGCCGGCCCCGGGCACCUACGUCAAGUACGAGAGCAGCAAGGCCGGCAAGCGGCUGGAGCGCAGCGAGGGGAGCUUCCAGCGCAACGCCGAGACCCCAGAUUUCCAUCUCACCCUGGACACAGCGCAGCGGUACCAGAAGGUAAAGGGCUUUGGUGGCUCCGUCACAGACUCGGCUGCCAUCAACAUCCAGUCCCUGUCCAAGGAUGCCCAGAACCACCUGCUCCGCUCCUAUUUCUCCGAGGAAGGCAUCGAGUACAACCUCGUGCGCGUCCCCAUGGCCAGCACCGACUUCUCCGUCCGCCUGUACACCUACGCUGAUGCGGAGGGCGACUUUGAGCUGAAGCACUUCAACCUGACGGAGGAGGACACGCGGAUGAAGAUCCCCAUCCUGCGGGCAGCCCAGGCAGUGGCCAAGCGGCCGCUGUCGCUGUAUGCCAGCCCCUGGACCUCCCCGGUCUGGAUGAAGACGAACGGCGCGAUGACGGGGAGGGGGACGCUGAAAGGCAGCCCCGGGGACAAGUAUCACCAAGCCUGGGCCAAGUACUUCAUCCGGUUCCUGGACGAGUACGCCAAGCACAACCUGACCUUCUGGGCGGUGACAGCGGGGAACGAGCCCACAGCCGGCGAGAUCGUCUUCUACCCCUUCCAGUGCCUGGGCUUCUCCCCCGAGCACCAGCGGGACUUCAUCGCACGGGACCUGGGCCCCGCGCUGGCCAACAGCUCCCACCGCCACGUCCAGCUCAUCAUCCUGGAUGACCAGAGGGUGAUGCUGCCGUACUGGGCCCAGGUGGUUCUCAAAGACCCUGUGGCCGCCAGCUACAUCAGCGGCAUCGGCAUCCACUGGUACCUGGACUUCCUGGCGCCCAUCGACCUCACGCUCUCCAUCACCCAUCACCUCUUCCCGGACUAUUUCCUCCUCUCCACGGAGGCCUCCACCGGCUCCUACUUCUGGGAGCCCAGGGUGGUGCUGGGCGGCUGGGACCGCGGGAGCAAGUACAGCCACAGCAUCCUGACGAACCUCAACAACUACGUGACGGGCUGGACCGACUGGAACCUGGCCCUGGACAUGGAGGGGGGCCCCAACUGGAGCAAGAACUACGUGGACAGCCCCGUCAUCGUGGACAGCAGCAAGGACAUCUUCUACAAGCAGCCCAUGUUCUACCACCUGGGGCACUUCAGCAAGUUCAUCCCCGAGGGCUCGCAGCGCGUGGGGCUGGCUGUCUCCAAGAAGUGCCGCCGGUGUGACCUAGAGCACUCGGCUUUCCUGCGCCCCGACGGCGCCGUCGUCCUGGUGGUCCUGAACCGCUCCCCCGUGGACGUGUCCUUCGGGAUCUCCGACCCACGGGUCGGCUUCAUUGAGGCCACGGCUCCCAGCGACUCCAUCCAGACGUUCCUGUGGAAGCAGCCAGCCUAG